AUGGAGAACGCAGAGGUUGAAAAGAAUACCAGCCCCGAGGAGAAUAACAGUCAGUUGACCAGGAACAGGAGCUUCAAAUCGAAACAGCUAGUCCGAAGCCAGGCGAUACGGGAAACUGCCUCCCCUCCUCGCGCAAUCUCCCCUUCGCCACACGCCCCCUCCACCGUAGGGGGUGAAACUAAUAGUGAAGACUCUAGUCAUAGAUGUAGUGACGAGUUAAAGAAGAAAUUGCCAGUUGAGAUUCAGAUAACCUCUGGUGGUUGGGACGAGACACACUGCGAGCAGCGUCAGCGAGCUCGUCGCUGGCUGUCUGACGCACCACGAGAUCUGCUGUCGAACAAUCCACGUGUGGCUUGUGUCUGCGGUGCUUGUGCUUGUCCCAAUUGCAGGGGUCGUCGACGUCGGCACGCGUGUCCCACGAAGCAAGACUCAGGGAUCGUGUGCUCCGACGACUGUCCCGACUGCUCAGAUAUUGAGACAGCCGGGCCCAAUCAUGAAGUUGUAAGAAAAUCCUGCAGUGUGGACGUAGACGACCAAAUGUAUUAUUGUAGAUGUCCAGAUCGCAAAGAGAGACCAAAGAAUAUGAUGUUAAGUAGAAACGAUUCAGGUGAUUAUCAAAAAUAUGAAAGAAACGAACCCACCGGCCCCGAGCUGGUGGCGUUUUUAAAAGACACCCUGAACAAGAACCCUCGAGACAGGAUGGCGUUACUCAAGAUCGAGAAGGAAUUGCAUUCUCUUGUAAAUGAUACUGGACGGUGCAUAGUUAGAUUCCCGGUGAUGACAUCGUACGGUCGGAUGCUGGUCCAUCGCUGCGCAUCUCUGUUCCAGUUGUCUCAUCAUCUCGACCAGGCGAACAAAACUUGUGUACUGGUGUCUAAAAGUGGUACAUGUGGAGGCCGUAUACCUUGCACCAGCUUCAAGGAGUGGUGCACAGCUACCUUCCCUCCGAGCCCUCAACGUCACCAGUCUGAUGUCCAACAUGCUAAGUCUAUACUGAAACGCGACACAAACUCCUUGGACGAAACCGGCGCUGGCUCCCUUGCUUCGAACAGAAGCAAAUCUUUGGAACAGCGGGAGAAGGAGUACGAGAGAGUUAGGAGGAGAAUCUUCAGUUCUCAAGAAGAGGCUCAGUGGCCGUGGCUGACGUCAGGUCCUGUCAAGCUUCUUACCCCCGAAGGUGGAGGAAGGAAUAAACUCUUGAAGGUCCAGUCUCUGGAGGGUAACGGAGCCCCGUCUAACACCAACUGGCGCGGGCGCGGCGCCGUCUCCAAGAGCCACAGCUUCGGUGGAUACACAGGAGCUGAACCGCCUCAUCAGCCCCGACUGCUCAGCAGACAAGGUGACCUAGCAUCGAGCAGCUGGAGACUCUCACCAUCCAGCUCCGGGUACAAGACCCUCAGUCUACGCAGCACUGACUCGAUAACUCCAUCUCCUACAGGUGGUGCCAGCCCAGAGCCGAGUGGCAACAUGAACCAAGGCGCAGGCCCAGGCGUGGGCCCACCCCUGGAGGGCGCGGCCGUCGUGUGGGCCGUCACUGACAUGUCUUCUGUCCCUGCUGGAGCCGUUGUUAUACAUCCUCAGACCGGACGACCUCUAACUAACUCUGACGGCAGUGUGUACCACUUCGACCCAGCCAACCCCCCGGUUCUUUACGACCCUGGGAUCGCAACCUCACAGGAUGAACAGAAGCAAUUAGAUCAGAACAAUGAGAAGCGGCGGGGCCGGUUGGAGAAGCAACAAUCGUUUAUAGACCAUGAAUGCGAAUGCCAGCCCACCGAAGAGUGCCGCAACAAGUGUUGCUGUGAAAGCAGGAAACAUGAGGCCUGCCACCAGCAACAGAAGACAUCGGAGAAGGAAACCAACACGCCGUCAUCACCGAAACCUACAACACCAAUCACCCACUCGCCACAACCCACACAACCAAUACAAACCGUUGAACCAAUACAAGUUCAACAACAGGAACCAACCAAUCAGGAAUUCGAAACAGCCGAUGAACAGAAGACGGAAGUUAUCGAAACACCCAAUCAACGUACGUUCGAAAAUCAAAAGCCGUUCGAAGUUCAAAAGAACUAUGAAUUGACCAAUCAGAGGCAGUCAAAUGAUUUCAACAGAAUGAAGGAAAGUCAGGAGCUCCAGUAUCAUCAGUAUCCUCAGGGAUAUAGGCCGGAAGAAAUGACGUCCCCACAACAACACAUACAGAACCAUUACGUCCAUCAAGAUGUCACGAUGCAACAAGGAAUUCAAAAUAAGAUGACUCCUAUUCCCAUGCAGGACCCUAACAUGCGUCCAAUGUCUAUGACAAACAUGAUGUAUCCAGGUCCAGUCGCCCAGGGAUACCCGUACCACGUCAGAGUUGACGCGCCCAUGCAGGUGUACCAGCAGGUGGUACAACCAGAGGAGCACAAGUUGACCCCAUCGCCCCACGCUAACGAAGCCACCUUCAGGAUUGAUCCUUCGUACCCAUACGCUGCCGUGGACUACACGGGAGCGGCCUGUGGAGCGUGCGUGGACACCAGCUCCUUACAGCAUCAGCAGAGAAGUUACAGUGUACCCUACAAUCAAGUGGAAAUACCACAGGUUUUGCCCGGCCCCUAUCCGGUUGGGAAUAUGAUAUUACCACAACCACACCUUCAACCAUAUCCGUACCAAGAGCCCCUGCAAUGGGGUGGCGUGGCCCCCGCACCAAAGCUGGUGGUGCCAGAGCUGUACCCCACCAUGGUGCCGUACCCUCAACCCGCAUACCCACACUACAAUAUCGUGUAUCCACAGGUGAUACCCCAACCGUACCCGAUCUGCCAGCCGAUCUACCCGAUCCUCGACCAGAAACCACCCGAGCGUCGUAACAGCAUUCCUCACGCACGCGCCAAGCGGAACAGCCUGUCUACUUCCUCACGGAAUACUCCGGACAAGGCGGCGUAUGAGGAGCAGGCCAGGCAAGCGGAGAUAGCUGCCAAGAUACAACAGAUCAAGUCUCAGAUGGCUGAUUUAAACGUCAAAGACGGUGGCAAUAGGCCGGAGCGUACCGAGAGGAGCGAGUGGAAGGAGGGUAGGAGGAGGAACAGCGGCAAUGGCUUGCUGGGCAACUGUCCCGUUAACAAUUUCAACGGCAGAGUCAUGGGACGUUCGCACGACGAAGCGCAUUUGAGUUCAGCUGCCCGCGCCAUUGUUAAUUCCAUCAGGAACAUGCAAGCUAAAAAUAAUACAUAUCAAGAUAAUCGUCGCGAGUACCAACGCUUCGACUACAAAGAUCGUCCCCGCCGGCAGGAGCGGGACGACAAGGACAAGCCCAACGCUGGGCAAAGUAGUGGACAGGACAGAUAUGACGUCAGAGCCAGGGGGCUCAACGUCCCACUGUAUAGACAGCCGUAUUUGUUGAGACAGGUGUCUCCCGGCGCGUGGUGCCGCCGCUCGCCCGCGCCGCUGCACCCAGUGCUGAAUCCACCACGGAGACCACACCCGGAUGGGAGGAAUCCCCGUCGUUAA